UUUUUUAGUUUGGGAGGAGUGGAAUGCGUGUGUAUUUCUUAGUUUUGGAUUAUUGUUUCUUUUGUAUUUUCUGUUUAGUGGUGAUGUGAUUGUAAACCGAACAAAAUGUGUACAUUAUAAUUGUUGUAUAUUUAUUUAAAAGUUACUUAGUGUUAUUUUUUUCUAUGGGCGUUGAUAAUCAUGCAAAAUGGCCAACGAUUGGUGGUCAUGUACCUGUUGUACAGAAGCACUAACUUGCUGGUUGCGUCUGAAGCUGUCUCCAGAGGAGAUAGAACAACGAUACAGAAGCAAAGAGAUCGACAGAAUACUGGAGAAGGAUAAACAGACGUUGCGGCGACAGGUCAAACUAUUACUACUAGGGGCGGGUGAAAGCGGCAAAUCAACAUUCCUGAAACAGAUGAGAAUAAUACACAAAGUGAAGUUUGAGCCGGAACUGGUGCGGGAAUACCAGCAUGUGAUUUACCAGAACAUAGUGAAAGGAAUUCAAGUGUUGGUGGAUGCUAGGGAUAAGUUGGCGAUACCAUGGGAAAACCCACGGAAUUUGGACGUGGGACAGCAGGCGCUGCACUUUAAUAGUACUGCGUCGCUGGACAGCAGACUAUUCAUGCAUUAUGCGCCGCAUAUACACUCCCUGUGGUUAGACAGGGCUAUAAAAAGGGCAUAUGACAGGCGGAGAGAAUUCCAAUUGAGCGAUUCAGUGAGCUACUUCUUCGACGACCUGGAGCGCAUAGCGAGGCCCGACUACAUCCCAUCGCACCAGGACAUCCUACACUGCCGGAAGGCCACCAAAGGCAUCACGGAGUGUACCAUCAACAUCAAUAAUGUGCCAUUCGUGUUUGUGGACGUCGGUGGUCAGCGGACGCAGCGGCAGAAGUGGACGCAGUGCUUCGAUUCCGUCACGUCGAUACUGUUUCUCGUGUCGUCGUCGGAGUUCGACCAGGUCUUGUCGGAAGACAGGGAAACGAAUCGUCUGGAAGAAGCGCUGAACAUCUUCGACACUAUCGUGAACAACGUGAAUUUCAAGGGCAUUUCCAUUAUAUUAUUCCUUAACAAAUCAGACUUGCUCGCGAAAAAAGUCGCGAGUAAAGAGACGGACAUACGCUGGUUCUACCCACAGUUCACUGGGGAUCCCCACAACCUUCGCGACGUUCAAAUGUUCCUUCUAAACAUGUUCGCGAAUGUUCGGAGGGAGCCAAAGACAACUUUGUACCACCAUUUCACAACAGCCAUAGACACGCACAACAUAGAGGUCGUAUUCAACUCCGUCAAAGACACAAUUCUCAAUAGGAACCUCGAGUCGCUAAUGCUGCAGUGACGUCAUAAGUUGUAGUUUAAUUGUGAUACACGGUGGCAAUAUAAUGUCCGCACUAAUGUUUAUUGCACGCUGUUUAAGAAUUGUCACUGCAACUGGAAAUCUUCAUUCAAAUUUUAAAUUGAAGUUCCAAAUUCGAUUCAAUGAAGAAUAGCCGGAUUUGGAUUGGCUAAAAACUUAUCAAAAAGUAAAGUGAAAACAGUGUAGAUCUUCUGAUUGGCAGUCUAAAAAUUUUUGUAUUGCUUGUUUUUUACUUGUUUUAGGAGUUGAAGAUUUCUAGUUGCAGUGAAGAGUAAUAUAAAUAUUGUCAACAUAAUAGUGGAUAGCACUCACGAAAAGACAAAGAAGUAAUGUAGCGAUUGGUUGUACAAACAGCCAAAUAAAGUGUCAGUCAUGGUGGUGUUUUGACCUUUGCCAGUCGGACAUCAGCCUUGUUCAAAUAAAGAGUGAACUGUCAAACGGCCAUUUUGUAUCGUCAUAUCUUAAAAGUCUACAAAGAUGGUGGUACAAAAUGUCAACGAUUAAAAACAAGAUAGUUACAUGAUUGUCUUGUUGUUUAAAACCAAAAAUAAAAUUCGCGGGAAUGGGAAUAAUAAAUAAAUAAAUACCCGUAUGUUCGCAUUAAUAGUGACUGAUAAAUUAUUUGGCAGUGAGUAUAACAUGGGUUUGUAUAAUAUUGUUAUGCAGUAUGUAUUUACCGAAUGUUUCAAUGUUUGAUAAUAUUGUGUAUAGUUAUCAUAUUUGUAAUGAUAAAGUUUGUAUAUUAAUGUAUUUAUGACCAAAAAUUUAGAUUUUGCACGAGGAUUAUUAUCACUUUUUGAACAAUUUUGGGUACGUUUCGCGUACGCUCAAGGGAUGUAUACAAUACAGUCAACUCGUAGAUUUUUUUAUACAAGAUGUAAACUGACUUAGCGCUAAUUAAUGACUAUUUAAAAAGUAAUGAAUAAACAUGUAACAUCAGAUGUCCUUUAUGAUUGGUUCUGAAAUUGUAAUGCUGAGUUGAUGGGUUAUUAAUUAUAAGGAAGACUGCGCACUAACGACAUUAAAGAUUUGUUAAAAAAAUUGUAUCAAAAUUUUGUUAUAUGGAACACGUAACAUUCAUUUCCGUUAUUUUUUGUCGACAAGUAUGCGGUUUCCCUUGAUCGAUUAUUGAUGUAUCAAUUAGUCACAAAUUGCUCUAGCGAGUGCCACAAACGGAAGAACCCAGUUUCUUCAAAUUAGAAGACUCUCCCCCAGGGGAAUAAAAAUGUACAUAGCGUCGAUUGAUUCGAUAUACUGUGAUUGAAUUUUUGUAAAACGUGGUAGGCUGUAAACAGCAACGAAAAGUAUUUUAAAAUUCAAUAAUAUUUUGAUUAAAGUUGGCUUGGUCGAUGGACGUACAAAUCAGCAGUUUUCCAAAACAACCCCUUGUAAAACAUGAUAAUAUUGUACAAAUAUCGCACUGCUAUCUAAAUUUUUUUUAUAGCGCCCUCUAGUAGCAGAAUAAUAGCAUGAAUUCUCAUUCGGUCACAUGAACAAGUGGGCGUAUAGCCAUUGAGAGUAAGUGAAAUCUAAUAUCGUAAAAUUUUAAAUUGAGAGGCCUUUAUACCUUUUUUGUACGCCCAUGGAUACCUAUAUAUAAAUACGAGUAAAAUAGCUCAAUAAAUUUCUAGGUGAUUUACUAUAUUUUGUACGUACGACAGGACUAUGGGGUAUAAUCAGAAUAUAACGCACAUAUUUGCAGUGGUCAAGAUUAUGACACGACUGAUAUGAGAGCCACUGUUUUACCAAGAAGGGCCUUAAAGGACUUGCAUCCAGAGCCAAAAACAAAUUUUAAAAAAAAAGGUCUAUGGCUUAUGGUCGGCAUAGAUCUAAACUUCACAUACGAAAUAUUCCGUCCCUUGGCACAUUUUGAUAAUCGUGCAAUCUCACUAGUUCUAUCGUCUUUAACUUAAUUUUUUUUGUACAAUUUACAUAAAUAAUUUACACAAGUGUAUGGGCACAAAUCUGCAUGCCAGAGAUUAAAUAAAUUGAUUUUACGGGUGGGCUUUAUGAGAUCUGACUUUGCUACUUUUUUUUAAACUGCAUAAUUAUUUAUCAUAAUAAUUUAGCAUAGUAAGGAUUCGUAAGAAGCUUUAGUGUAUUUAUAUUAUAUGACUAGAUGUACUCUUAUUUAUUCAUUGUAAAUUUUUUAUACGAUCGGAUAGUGGCUAUGUAAAUACCUCUUUAAUUUUAUUAUGUACAAGAUAUACAUAGAUGUAGGCAACAAUUAUAAGUAUCGAUUAAAUUUAAAUUUUCAGUGUUGUAGGGAUGAAAUGAUACUGCAAUAUUGUUUAAUAGUCAGCGCAUUUUCUUAUUUUUUCAUUAUCGUUUUAUUUUUGUAUGCUACCUACCUAACGGUAAACUUAUGAAAUCACAUUAGGUGUCGUUUCAUCUCUAAUGUAUUAGAAAGAGGUAUAAUUUGCUUUGAUUUUAACGAUCACAUAAAGGGUUGGGUAUUGGAAAGUGAUAAAUGCAUUUAGUAGUGCCAUUUGUGGUGUAAAGAAACUUUGAUUUAUGUUCAUGACUUUAUAAUUUAUCCCAUGUAGUUAGACAAACGAUCACGAUAAAAAUACAUCUGGAAGUCACUUUUUACAAUAUUCUUAAAGGAAAUUUGUUCAUUAUGAUCGGUUUUUAAAAAAGGAAAAACUUUGUUUUUUUUCCUAUAAACAGUUUUUAUUCCAGUUGGUUUUACAGUCAAUGCGUGAACAGACAUCAACCCUUCAUAGUGUUAUUAAAAAAUCCGAUAUAAAGGGCGAUAAGACAAAUAUCAUGGCUAUGAAUUUAUGAUGAUACUUGUUUGGUAGUCUCUUGAUAUUUACAAAAAUGUAAUAAUUUGAUCGAUCAAUUACAAAAUAAGUUGAUUAAUAAUACACAAAUGAAGAAUUAUACCCCUAUUUACUAGACUACUAACAAAGAAGUAAAUUUUUAUUUAACAAGUAGGAUAAUCGUUAAUUAAACUUAACGAUUAUCCUACUUGUGACAUGUAAAAUUAUCCUAAUAUAAUAACGAUUAGUACGAAUUUUUUUGGAAUGAGCAAACGCCUGUGAUUGAACCAUGUCGCAUUUUAUUUAAAAAAGAGGUUAUAAAAGUAGAUUUUGCCUAGCGUUUUUGUAAUGAAAACCAACAAAAUGCGAAUCCUCAUUAUUAUGAAGUCCGUUUGCUGUUCUGUUCCUGUCUUGUUGCAAUAAAAUGCUCGGAACGAAUUAUCUUUCGGCAAUUCUGACCAAUCACGUUAUGUUUGUUAAUUAACGGAAUGCUGUGAUUGGUUGAUUUCUCCAGCUUCAUCUCAAGUACAAGUAAUUAUUGUUACUUUUCACAUUUGAAAUGUUGCCGAGAAAGUAGAUUUUUAAUACUUGCAAUUUUUAAAUUUAACUCUCUUUUUAUGACUAUUAUUAUUUUUUAACUAAUUUUUUAAUAACCAUGUGAGAAACUAGAAAAAGUUGAAUAUUUUUUUCGUGAAGUGAUAUAGCUCAAACUAGCAAUAAUAUUUGGAACAUUAUUUCGUAUGGAUUUCAGAUGUGAUUGGAUAAAAUAAAAUGUGUUAUGACUCCGGGAAAGCUGAAAACAAAGGAAUUACAUAUAAUUUAAUAUUUUUGUUUAUACAAUUUUCUUUGGUCAGAUUGGAAGCGGGUAUGUUUUUGAUAACAAAGAAAAUUUGCAUGUUCAGUGUAAUGCAUCGUUUAUGAAAUGUACUACAGCUUUUAUGAAAAAUUAAAUAUAUGUGUAUUCAAUAAUGAAAUUGGUUUUCAAACAAAAUUUACCUAAUGAGUAACUUAUGUGACACUUAAUUUAUAAUUUAAAAUGACGAAUUUUAAAGCUACCGCUGACAUACUAAUUCUUCUGACCAAAAUUAAAAUAAAAGAAAUAUAUGAUAAAUAGCCCAAAACAUAUUUAUUUGCACUUUAGCCUGUUAUUAUAAUUUAAACAGGUCAACCCUUCCUUUUUAUCAACCUGUGUAAAUUACAAUGUAAAUGUCAUUUAAGACGAAGUUGUUUCCAUUCAACGUUUUUCCACAAGCCGAUGUAAAAAAAAUAUUUGUCUGUAUCAUGGGCUCAAAAAAAAUAUGAGAUUGAUACACAAGAUCGUGGGACGAUCGUGUAGUGUAAAGUAUUGUGGGUCUCAAGUUAGCGACUAAGUCGACUUUGUGAUUGGUAGUUCAUGGGAUGUUCAACACUAUUUAGUACUGUUUAAGGUCUCUUAUGGAUUCGAUCAUACAGAUCCGUGCCCGUGCCGCCAACGGAGCUUUAGUUUUAUUAUUGAUUUAUUACCAAUAUUUUUUCAAAACUUCGGACGGAACACAUUAUGCGUUAUUCACGAACGUUAAAAGGUAAUGUGCCUUUUCUUCUGUCUCUUUCAAACAGUUCAGUUAAUAUCAAAUCUGGUAAAGAUAAGACAUAAGCCUUUUAAUGUUUGUGAAUAAGGGGCCUGGCCACGUCCCGGUCACGUCCCUUAUGUUAGAGAAAGACCUUCUGUAAUAAUGUAUGAAUGAUUGCAAGGAAAGCUCAAAUAAUGUAUUAGUGCUCGUGCCGUCUCUAUCUAGUACGUUGCGACACAUAUUAGUAAAAUGAGAGACAGAACUAUAUUGCAGAGUUCGGUCUUAAAAUUAACAAUUAAUGUAGUAUUAUAAUUAAAAGAUGAAGUAAUAUUGUCUUGUAACUAUUGCUCAUUAAAUUAUGGAACGCCAAAGGAAAGUGCUCAAUUUUUGGACACUAUUUUAGAAACAAUCAAAAGUUUUAUAAAUAACUGAUAUCAUACGAGAGAGAAUUGUAAAGUCAUAUUUAAAAUUAUCGAGGCAUUUUCCAUAUAAUGUUCAUUUUUCAGCGAAGUAUUUAAUAAAAUAUCCCUGUGAAGUUAUCAGCAUGCAAAAUUUUAUUGGGAAAUGGUUCGUGUUUAUUUGAUUUCCACGUAAGGUGCUAAAGUAUGUUUUCCAACGAAAUCGCUUUAUAUGCAGUACCAAAUAACCAAUGUUGAACAUUCCAUGAUACAUGGAUAAUGUUAAUGUUCGCUUCAGGUGCAGAUUACUGGACGUCCAUCUUGCACCAUGUAGGCCUAUAAGAUAUUCGAUAGAAAUAAGGUAAUAUAGCCCCCCUAGCCUGGUAUAUGAACGGUCGCUAGAUAUUGAAGGUGAACUAGAUAAUCAAAACGGUACAUGCUGGGAAAAGUAAUUAGAGGAAAAAGAUAAAUUAUUGGUAAAUAAUUGACAUGAUUUUCUUUGAAAUAUUUUUUUCCAAGUAUCCUUUUACGGAAGUCAAUCGGAUUGGAUUAAACUCGCUGAUCAUUUGGUUAUACACAGGGUGAAAUAUUUAAGACAUACGUAUAUAUAAAAGCGGAGACAAAAAUGUAUGGUGCAGCAGUUUCUAUUAAUUUUAGACGGUGGGCCUAUUCAUGUACUUUUGACAUUAUUUAACAUACAAUACAUUAAAAAUUCACUUUUAUGUGACCUUGGCCUCGAACCCAGCAAAUACAUUUUGACGUGUCUAGUUUCCUUUUAAUUGUAUAUUACGAAUUUUAAACAUACUGUUAGGAAGUCAUUUACACUCAUGUUAUUUGUAUGCUAGAGUGUCGACAAUAUCUUUUGGAAUUUCUCUAUAUUUUGUAUACAACCCAAUAUUUAUUGUACAGUGUAAUAAAAUAUCAUGCAUGU